AGCUUUUUGCGAGCUCAGGUCUUCACCCGGGCUUUGUGGAUUCGGAACUUCUUUUGCUGUAAGGUCUGACGCCGAUGUUCUGGGGCAUGUUCACUUCGAGUUCCAGUCAGGACAGUGCUAAAAUGCAAGACGAUGAGUUGGACUACAAAUCAAUUGAUUCUAGCUCCGAGACUGAGCCAACAGAGGAGGCCCUCGCAGUGACAACCAGUGGCAGCAGUUCCACCGCAGUUUGUGCGACACCGACAGUGCCCGAAUUCGAUGUGACGAGUGCCCUGAUGAACGCCCGCAAUGACUCGAAGAUGUUCAUGCAACAAUUGGCCUCCUCUUGCACAGACGCCUCUGGUUCAGAUGAACUGCAGAACGCCGCUCUCUUUGUUAGACAGUCUUUGGCGAACUGCGACUCGUUGAUGAAGCACCUCCCAGAUGACAACACAGUUGCUCGCGAGGAGGUCGCGCGCAUGGAGACGAUGGUUGUCGAGUGGGUCCAGAGCUUUUGUACCAAGGCUAGCAUUUGCUGGAACCUUUACUGCGUGUUUAGAGACCUGUUGUUGAAGAUCGCUGCUGCCCAUUGGGGAUCUUCAAAUAGCAUCAAAAGGUACAGCCCCCAGCAGUUCGAAGCUGAAACGCUCCUCUUCUGCCGUAUCGCCGACGAGCUGAGUCAGGUAAGCACCCCCGAUCUGUCCCUCGCGACCCGAUCUCAGAGUUUGGGCACCAUCCGGAGAGAGCUUCUCUUGCAGAAGUCUUCGGGACAGAUUACGGAGACGGCGCUCAAGGAGAUUGAAGCUUGCGAGGAGCAGCGAUUCAAGAUGAUUCGCAAGGAGAAGCAGUUGGAGGCCGCAGCCGAGGCCAUGCGCGUGCGCGUCAGGGAGAUUGACCGCGAGAGGAAGCGCAUCGAGGAGGCGGCCAGCACCCUCCGAGGCGUCAUGGCCAAUCUGGAGAAUAACGAACUCUGUAUCCAAGAAAAUCUCAGGAGCGAGGGCGAUGUGGCCCGUGCGAAGCUGGUGGAAGCUCAGGCAGAGGCGCGUAAACAGCUUAAACUGUUGAGUGAACGAAAGCAGGCAACUCUGGACGACUACUCAGGGAGUUUCAGGCAGAAGCAGCGCUCCCACGACCAAAUGGAGGUGCAGCUGGAGAAUGACAUGAUGUCAACAGAAUCUUCAUUCGCUGGGAAUCACGUUGUUUUCCUCAUGGAUGGAAGCCACAGCAUGCAUGGAGCCCGCUGGGCGGCAGCUCUCUCGGCAUUGGAUGCGUUUACGCUUGCGUGCACCGGUGCCGCGGACAGGAUGAGCCUCAUUACGUUCUCACACACGGCCAGAUCGAUCAUGACCAACGCGCCUAUUUCCAGCUACGUGCCGGGAAGCUUGGCCUUUCCUGGUGGUGGAACCUCGUACCAUGCAGCUUGGUCAGAAGCCGCCGAGUGCAUGAAGCUCACCAGCAACGGCAUGAGAGUCAUUACAGUCUUCAUGACUGAUGGUGAAGCGGACACGCGGCAGGCAGCUGCUAUUGCUCAGCAGUUGCACAAGAGAUAUUGCUCUGGCCCAGAAGGCGGGUUCAUUACUUUCGUCGUUUCCCUUGGGGAUGACUUCGACAGGAAGAUCCUCGAGCCAAUCGUGCUUGCUGGAAAUGGUUGCCAGUCAACCUACACCUUCUGCGACGAGAAGGUGGCACUGCAGGUGCACGCCUCGACCAGCACACUUGCCCGAGAGUUCAAGAAGCUCGCCGAGCAUGUGUCCCGACGUGAAUCGUGGAUCAAGAGCCGGCUGGAUUUCGUUUCUUCUCAGCGGGAAUCGCAUCGGGACCAACACCAGAUAAUUCUGGAUCACCUCGACCGUAUGUACGAGAGAUUCGCCCAGAGCAGCGAGCAGGUCCAGAAAAGCAUCAAGGAUGGGCUGGAGGCAGACUCAGAGGACAUGGUUCGCUUGAUGAAGAAUCAGCUGAACACGGUGCGCGAGGACAAGUUCGAAGUGCAGAACCGGUUGGACGAUCUCAUGAGCUUGAAGGAAAAACUCGCAGCUGAAAAAGCCAACCUGCAGGACGAGAAGAUCGCAACGAUCGAACAGGAUUUGGAGGAGGCCAGGGAGAAUCGACAGAGAUUGAUCAGAGUGUUCAACGAGAGUGAGGCCCUUGAAAUAGAUAAGAUAGAAAAGAAAUUGCAUACAGAGCAAUCGCUACUGCAAUCGAUGGGAUUCUUACUGGAGGGCGAUGCAGCGAAAGUCGUGGAGGCUGUCGACGGGUUCCGCAAUCUCCAGCGCAGCAUUACGAUUGGCGCUUCAGACGCGAAUGCCACCUGCAACAACAUCGCGCGAAUGGCGCGUACAACCGCUGACACCCUUCAGAGACCAGUGCGCCUGGAACUGCAGGAUGACUCCAAGGCCGACUUCGUCUUCGAGUUCUAUAAACACUUUGUUGGAUUGGACAUCAGAUUGCCUAUGCGCAAUGUAGAGAAUUUCAGGGUCAUUGUGAAGCACAUCGCGAAGCAGGGGGGCACGGAUAUAGAUCGUCGUGUCGUUGACCGAUUGACGUCAACAUUCGAGUGUCGCGAACUGUUUGUCGGUGACGACGAGGGCGUCGAGGCUCUGCAGGAAAGGAGUAAGGCGAAGCUCAAGACGGCAAUUUUGAGCAAGGAACCCAGGGGCCGUAAGCUUACCGAGGCGAUUCGGAAACACGACGUUAAGAAGAAGCAGCUUCAAGACGAGUUGGAUCGCGUUGAGGACAGGAUUACGGAAUGCAAAUCUGCCAAGAAGCGAGACGACAAAGCGUUGAGCUCGCUUGAAAGGGAGCGAGAGAAACUGGAAGGUAAGAUUGAUUCGGAGAAGCAGAUGAAGGUCGACAAGGAGCAGGAGCGCGACGAGUUUCUCGCGGACUACCAUCUUGAUUUCCUCGUGCUCAAGAGGCUCACAGAAGACCUGAAUCAAGCUUUCAACCAGCAGAUGGCUCGGGAGGAAAACUUUGCCGUGUGCGUCAAUCUUGCAACAGCUGUCAAAAACGUCAUGGAGCCCAUGAAAGGUGUCAUCAAGGCAGCGUCAGACUGCAGGCAGGCAGUGCACGGCGAGAACAAUCCUGCAUCGCGCAGGAUCCAGCUGGGCGCUACUGUGAAGCAGGGCAUGCUGCCAAAUGCUCUCGCUGACGACGUUCCAGUCCAGUUGCGCUGCCGCGUUUAACUAUCCGCCACCGUUCUUACACGUGUGCUUAGUUUCCAGGAACCUGAAGCCGUUCGGGCUUCGAUCUGGCUUCCACAUCGCCCC